AUGUCAUCCACCUCAAAUGCAUGGAUCCUCACCUACAUUCUUCUCUCCCUCCCCGUGCAUUUCACCAUCUCUGCUGCUGUGCAUCCUAUCCCAAUAAAUGGCACAUGUCAUGACACUUGUGGCACAAUGCCAGUGAAGUACCCCUUUGGCUCCGGAUUUGGUUGCGGGCACCCCGACUUUUCUAGAUAUGUAAGAUGCAACUCUGACACGCUAGAGUUCUCGACUGGAACUGGAAUUUACAAUAUCUCAGAAAUCGAUUACACAACUGGUUCCUUAAUUAUCACAGACCCCUUCAUGUCUACUUGUAGUUCAAUGCAGAACUCAGGAAGCUUUAGCCUGGAUCGAGCUAGUCCGUUCUCUUUAACGGGGGAAAAUAUAUUUGUCUUGCUUGGAUGCUCAACCAAUUCUCCUUUAUUUGAUCCAGCUGAAGAUUUGUGUGCUAUGGGGUCGCGCUCCCGUGUAUGCAGAGGACUAUACUCUUGCAAGGGAGUGACAGGAAUAGGGUUGCCACAGAAUGCGCCACCUUCCACUUGUUGUGUUUACGAGUCACCUAUCCAACUAGCAGGCUACACGUUGGAUCUUCCAAAGCUCCAAUGCUCUUCUUAUACAUCAGUAUACAGUUUCGGGGGGAGUGAGGGGGAUCCAGUGAAAUGGAAAUUUGGGAUUUCUCUGCAAUAUAAUGGUUCAUACUAUUCUAAUUUAUGCAAAGAUUGUGAAUCCAGCGGGGGCUUGUGUGGCUUUGCAGGUUUUGACCAGUCAUUUGCUUGCAUUUGUAGGAGUGGGAAGAACACCUCCACUAGCUGUUUUGGCCAAGGCUAUACCUGGAGCGGGACACGGGAGUCAAAAAUUCAAACCAAGCUCAGUUUUGGAGAUGCUAGUUACAUGUCCUCAUCUUUCUCAAUUUUCUAUUGCCAUCCAGGAAUCUUGCUCUUGUGGCUGCUUACUGUUACCAUUACUAAUAACUGA